AAGUUGGUGACGCAGGCGUUGCUCGCUAUUCAUGAAGAGGCGCGUACGCGAAAAGCGGGCGCUGUGGCAACGGGGGCACGCGCGCGCCGCGGGCCGGCCGGCGCUGAGGGGAGGCAGGCGGGGGCUCGUGUUCAGAGAGAAUUAAACCAGAUUAAGAGAGUUCAGCAGAUGAACACACAUUAGUGCUGAUGAUGCUCGAUUCCAGCCUCUUUCCCAGCUUCCUGACAGUGUAUGUUUGCUAAAAGAGCUCCCUGGGGACACAGGGCACUGUUUAAAGUCAGUUGGUGUCUUUGUGGUACAAUAUCUGCCCAGUCACCAAGUACAGCCAUUUUAAAGUCUUUGUAGGGGAAGGGGAAUCUUUCUCAGGAACAUUAGGGAUGGCAACACCUCGUAUCUCAGCCUACCUCCCCCCUGACAUAGACCCCACCAAAGCUGCUCUGGCCUUUGGGAGGAGGGCCCUUCCUAAGCUGAAAGAGGAGCUGCAGUCUCCCGAGCUGCUGACACAGCAGCGGGCGCUGGCGGCUCUCUGCGAUCUGGUCCACGAUCCAGAAAAAGUCUACCAGGCAGUAGCAUUAGGAUUCUUGGGCAGUCUGAAGACUUUGCUGGUUCAUCAAGACCAAACUGUCAGGCAAAAAACAACAGAAGUUCUCUCUGUAAUGGCUUUGCACAGUAUUGGCAGGGAAGGGCUCAUACAAAGUGGAGUCAUUUCUGCCCUCACUGGGCUCCUGGAUGAUCCAGUAGAUAUCUGUCGGAAGAACACCCAUCAGACUUUUGACAUGUUGGCAAAAUUACCUGCAGGGGCUGGUGGUGUCCUGAGGGCUGGCUUGAUUCCCUCCCUGGUCCUGAAGUUGAAGACAGAGUUGGAUGAGAUCCAGGAGCUAAUCCUUGAUACACUCUCCAACUGCCUCCGUGUGGAGGUUUCUGAAGCCCUGGCAGCUGGUGCCCUUACUGUGCUGAAGGAAAAGCUCUCACACCCCUCUGCAGCCAUCAGGAGCAAAGCAGCCUGGGUGCUCUUGGAAAUCAGUUCUCAUGCUGAGGGGAAAGUCGCCGUGUGCAAAGAGGGGGUGAUUCCUGUGCUGGUGAGCCUGCUGGAGGACACCGAGCCCGAAGUUCAAGUUAACUCAACAGGAGCGCUGAUGUUUGCUAUUGUCACACCUCAGGGGAGAUCCUCAGCCAUGGGUGCUGAAGCCAUUCCGCCUUUACUGGCGCUGGUUGCUGAGGAAACCAGCAAAGCGCGUUUGAAUGCGAUCAAAACCCUCACGCUGCUGGCGGAGCUGCCGGAGGGCCGCGAGACGCUGCUGGGUCACAGGGACGCGUUCCAGCGGUGUCUGCUCCACCGCAGCGAGGCCGUGCAGAGAGCUGCCGAAAUCGCCAUCGCCGUCAUCGACUGGAAACCCUCCUGCAGCCGCGAUCUUUCCUAGAGAUCUAUUGCCCUCUGUUGUUGUCUGCCUGUAAAAGGUACAUGCUUAUAUGAGACUUUCAACACCAGAAGUCUCUUUCUCACUUACUCUGGGUCGGUUUCUCCUGGAAAGUCAUUUGGCAACAUCUCUAUUGCAGGUUACAAGCAGAAAAAUGGAGAAGAAAUGUUAAGUGUGGAGUUCUCCACUAGGAGUUAUAGCCCAAGUUACCAAGAUUUUCCUAUGAUACAACACAACAAUCCUUUUUGGUUUUGUUUUCUUCAUAAUGUUCUCUCCUUUUUUUUUUUUUUUUUUUUUUUUUUUUUGAAAGCUCAGCCUAUUAAACACUAAUCAAUAAUUAAUUAUAUUAGAAAGAUUCACAAUCAACCCCUCCAGCAGUCUUGCCUGCACUGACAAAUUGAUCUAACAUCAAGAAUUUACAUGAAUUUUUCUGAAAAUAUUUUUUGAACAUGGGAUUAAGACCAAAGUCAGAAAGCCUUUACUAGGGUAUCCCUUGGUAAAGCCGUGUUGGGGCCUCUCCAAUUCCAAUUCCUAAUUGGAAUUGCUUAUAAUAGGGAAUAAAAGCACCUCAGGGUUUGAGCUGAAGGGCAGUGGAAGUGGUGGGAAGUUUCAGUAGCAUUUUAUUCUCUGGGAGUUCAAGGCUGUUGUUACAGACAUGUUGCAAACUUCUGUCUGCAGUUACAAGAGUGCAAUUUAAGAGGCUUCAGUAGGAGGCCUGGGCAGAGAAAAUACCUAAAUGAGCAGGACAGCCCUGGCCAUUGUCAGCCACCAAGGAAGAUGUGACAGAGCAGCUGGAGCAGCUUCACAGCAAGUCCCAUUUGUUUUCACUUGUGUUUUGUUCCCACAUAGGAACUUUAUACCCAGAGUUGUAGCUACAAAGAAGCUGCAUCAGCUCUAUAAAAGGGGUUAUUUGUCAGGGCUGCUUUUCCAUUCAAACCCACAGUCACACUGCAAACUGCAUUUCCCUUAUACACACUAUAAACUCUUCCUGUAGGAGUGAUUACAGUUAAAAUGUUUCUCUUCCAUAAUGUAACCGAAGGGUGAAUUUCCUCUCCUAUAAAGAUGUGAUUUAAGAGUAUUGAGUCAGUUGGAUUCAUUCCCUCCAGGCAGGAUCUUGGAGGAACUCUGCCUUUUAAACACAUAAGGCACUCAUACAAGAUACAUAUUGAUGCCAGAGUGCAUCCAGCUCAGUAAGAGCAGCCAGGCUGCUUUAAUAACAUGCUAAAGGAGUAAAGCAGCACAGUGUAGGCUCAGCUGCUCUUACAGGACUGCAGGCAAAUCUGGUAACAAUCAUUAUUUUACCCAGGUCCAACCUUGGCACAGCCUUCCCUGAUAAUUCAGGUAUCACCUUUCAGUGAGCUCCCAAAAUAAUUAGCUGGUUCAGAUGCAGAAAUAAGACCAUCCACACUGAACUGCUCUGAUGAGAAGAAACUGACUUGGACCUUACGUACUGCAUUCCAAGUAUCUACCUUAUCAAUGCUUUAAAGACAAUAUAAACUGUUCCCCAAAAUCCUCUACAUUGAUCAGUGUUCUCAGCUUACACACACACUACAGAAAAGGAGCAAAGCCUCAGGUGAACUCUGAGAUAUGGACACUACUGGGGGCCUCCCACAUGUCAGCUUUUGUCUCAGCAAUUCUUUGGCACUGUUACACCUGACAACAUGAAACCAUCACACUCCAAAGACGACAGGAAUUCCCUUGGGCUGUACUGACCAUAUGCUGCCUCUGCAAAUGCCAGAAUUUAAAGUCUGCAUACAGAAAGCCAUGAACCACUGUUAUUUGGGGUUUUAUAUUUACAAAGCUGCAUUAUUGACAAAAAGGUUGCAGAUAUAAUAAUCAAAAGUCCCAUGCUGUGCUAAGGGCUAAUUCCCUGCUUUGGGAUGAGAGACAAGAGUCCCCAUUUCAUGAGGCUGGGAAUUAAUUAGCACUGUAGGUGUCAAUAAAACAAUUGGCUGGAUCAAAGGAACAGCUGAUGAACACUUUCCCUGGACUGACUUAGCUUUCAGUCAGGAAUACUCCAUAAUAAAGCUGCCACAGACUUGGUCACAAAAAAGCUGAAGGUCUUUCCAAAUCACUUCAUACACAUUAUAAAUAUUUAAAUUAACAUCUCAGGAUGUGGCACCUCACACCCUAAUUAAACUCACAAAGGAAAUGCUGUGUGUGCAGCAAGUCUCUGGUUUUAGCACUGUGCCCUCCCCAGUGCUCUGUGCUCCAAUGGCUUUAGCACCAAGGCAGAUUUUUAACAUCAAUGAAAUCAAUUUGCCUUUUUAGCUUGAAGCCAACAAUUAUUAAGGCCCAGAUAUAAUUAAUGUAGUCCCAGGUCAAUACUGGAAUUAAUGCAGUUAAACUCUACACAGAUUGAGUUUUCAAACCAGUUGCCCAGCAAUCCUCAGCAGCACCAGAAGGCAAGACAGCUGCAUCCAUGGGAAACAAGACUUCCCUGUGGAGUCUUGUGUCCCACCCAGGCAGAGGUCACAUUGAAUUUUUUCUAACAGUUUCCAGAAGGUUAAGAAUGUUAUGGCUUUUUGUUCUUGCAACUACAGACUCAUUUCCCCUGUCCCUAUGUGCUUUCAGAAGGCUGAGGAGUAGAAACCAUUCUGUCCUGCUCUGGAAAAUGGCAGGUUUUAAUUCCAUCUCUUCUUGUUUCAAAGCAGGGAGUAUACUAACUUCCCACCACUACAUUUUCUAUUUAAAAAUAAAAAUCAUAUAGUGAGAGAUUUGUUAAAGGACAAGAUAAUCUGGGAAAGUCAGAUUUGGCUAAUGACAUUAAACUAGAAGGGCAGAGACAGCUACACACAAAGCUAAUAUGCUCAAAGCACAGGACCUAUUUUUAACAAGACAAAGUUGAAUUUGAAUGAAUAAAACCCAUUUUAACAAUUUGUUUUAGCGUACCUUGCAUAUAAACUACAUUUUAAAAGUUAUAGGAUCCAAUACUGUAAACAAUAAUACUGCACAGAGUGACAAAAAACUCACACCUCAGCUUAAAGCUCUUCAGGUACCUUCAGAAAAGCAGGGGAGGUGCUGACCCAGGCAAGCACAGCUGCUCUGGCCUCAACUCUGCCAGGUGAGGAGAGGGUGGGCUCAGGAACUCAAGGGGAAUUAUUCUUUCUCACAGCUGCCCAUGAUAGAUGGCAAGAAGGAAUGUUCCUCAGGAGGCACAAAGAAGAAACCUAUUUUAUUAAUAAUAAGGAUGAUAACUUGAGGCACUGCUUACACUGUCUUGCAUCAGAACAACUGGUAGAAACUGGAGUGAGUGAAGUUUUGCUCUGUCCUUUAGGUUUUCCAGCACAGGCCUACAGUACACACUCCAUGUGAAAAUGCCACAACUCUCCAAAUAAAACCACGGGCUUUUUGCAUUUCUCCUCUCUUUAAGCAGUGUACUGCCUGCUGUUGUUAAAUCUGGGACUACAGAUUCUCAGUUUAGCACAAGGGAAGGGCUCUGAUUGCUGCUCCCUUCCUUCUCUGUGGGUUCUCUGCUCCCCCAGAGACCACUGUGCAGGGCACAGACACUUGCACUGGCACAUAAGACUAUUAAACAAGUUAAAGCAGCCAGCAGCUUUCCUGAGAGCAGCUUUGCUGUUCCCCACAGCCUCUGCCCAAACCCUUUUCUGUGCAGUCUGUCCCCAGAAAUGUCAGCUCUGAAGUCCUCUGACUCAACACUUCAAACCAAUGAGCUCAAGUACCCCUCAAAUACAAAGGCUGACAAUACACAGAUUUAUUGUUUACCUUUGCUCCUCAUUUUUAUGCUGGCUUUUACUUUAUAGGAGCACUCCUGGUUUUACCAAUACAGGAAGGUCAGGGAAUUGAGUCCCCUGGCAAUUCCAGCUGGGCUCCAAUCACCACAAUUUCCUUCACCUGAGGGGCUCAGCCUUAUGCCAUGGCCUCAUUCACCAUGACCAGACAGUCUGCUGAAAACCAAACCAUGGCUGCUGCAGAUUUAUUCCAAGCCAAGUCACAGACCUUCCCUCCCCUAGCAUUUCAGUGCAUGAGGUUUUUCAAUAAUGAAAAAGGAAUGAAUCCAAAUUUUGAGUUCUAAGAACGGUAUGUUCUCAUCAUCAUUACUAAACAUUUGUGAGAUACUUGGGUACAUUUUUGUGGGUGAUACAGACUAAUUAAAUGAACAGUGAUUACCCCUUUUCAGGAUUUUUCCUAAGAAAUAUGCAACAUUUCUUAUAUGGAAGAUUUUGUUUAGUGUGUGUUCUUUACAGAGCAGUGUCACAAUUUGCUAAUAGUGCUACUAAGUGCAUAUUUUAUUUUAAUUUAAUUUAUUAAAAUAAUUUUGUAUAUCUAAAGUCCACUAAAAUAAGCUUUAACCAUGCAUCUCACCUGGCAGGGUAAGCUGGGAUGCCUCAAGACCCCCUGAAACAGAGCUGUGUUAUGCUGCACAUGCCAUGCAGGUACUCUGUGCUGUGAGCCAGAUUUAUCUGGAGUCUCACCACUAACCAGAAGUAUUUCAAAUGUAUAGUCAGACACAGGGGAAAAGGGGAAUGAUCACAGUUCCCAUCUCUCUGACAAUGCCCAGAAGAGUGUAAGCUACUGCUUUUAUCUGAGUGUCCUCAACAACAGGGCAUGGAUAGAGCACCCCUGAAAACUGAAGAAAAGUUUUUUUCAUCCUUAAAGUUGUGAAUGCAAUAGCUACCAACCUCAGUUGGCAUUUAAUGUUAGCUAAACAUUACAAUUUUAUCAACUGUUCACAAUAUAAAGCAAUUUUUCUUUGAAGUUCUACAAAAUUACCAGAGCCAAGAGUAGUUGUCAAACUUUAUAUAAACAUUUGAGUUCUUCCCUCCACAACAUCCACCUUCAGACCAGACAGACCAGACUGAAAUCAGGUUGCUGAGGACAUACAGUGAAUAUCCCUGGGAAACUGUGGGUUAGAUUUUCAAAACUCUGUAGUUCUGAGGGGGAAAAUCAUGUAAUGAUGCCUGAUUAACCAGGAGGUCAUCCAAAGGCUGCUCAGACUGCCAGGAAAUCACUUGUGUUUUUUGUCUUUAUCCAAAUAGCUUGUUUUUCAUCCAUUACUAUUACCCAGAGCAAAAACCUAGACACCAAAUUAAGUUUCUCUGUCUUCCAUUGUAUUGCAUAAAAAUCCCAUCACUUUGUAGACACCAAAUGCUUUAAAAUAUAAAAUUCCUUUAAUACAUACAAGUCUUUAUAGCUCAUUAAAUGCAAUUAAUUCCAUGGUCUUUAAAAUACUCUAUCACUGUGUUAAGGUUUGCACUGGUAUUUCUGAAGUAUUGACUUGAUCUGGCCUAUGCAAAGGACCCUGCAGGGAUUAUGCUGAAUAGCAUCAAUUCUACUGAAGAGCAGCAAUUCUGCUGGAAUCCAGAGAAUUCAGGGUUAGAUCCAAAUGAAGCAAAGAUCCUGCCAGGAGAUUAGGGGGUGCUGAAAGCCCAGGAGGCAGAGCAGGGAGCUGUGGCACGUGCAGGGGUUGCUCUGCCCUCCCCUUCAGCUGCCAGCGCUGCCAGCACUGUGGCAGAGCCUCGGGAAUGCUCUGGGACAGCACAGUGCCACCAAAAAGUGCAAAAAGGAGCAGGAAUGGUGGCACUGCCUGCCUGAGCAACCAGCAUCUUUUCCUACACUUGACUCCCCAGGAAGCUGAAUGAGAUGAAAAGAGGAUCUAUUGCUUUUUGCUUUGAAGUGUUAAAUCUGUGUUUUCCUGUGUCCCCAGCUGGUACCAAACUUACCGAGUGGAGACAAUCAGCCUGGU